AAGAAGACCCAUGUGAGAGCCCAGUGAGGGGAGAGCCAACCCCGCAGGACAUGAGCAGACCAGAGGCUGUUGGGGAGGAGACCAGCUCCCUCUGAGGAGCCUAGGGGCCCUGCUUCUGCGGCCUUUCCUGGCGGGAAGAUGGCCGUGCCUACCACCUCCUCGUUCCUGGAUCUGUGGUCGUCCCAGGCCGUGUCCACCCACGAGCCACUGGGCCCUGGGAAGCGGCCCAGUGACGUCUACUGCUACAACUCGGCCCAGAACAGCACCGUGCUCCAGGGGGUCACCUUUGGGGGUGUCCCCACCGUCCUCCUCAUAGAUGUCAGCUGCUUCCUGCUUUUAAUAUUGGUGUUUUCCAUCAUAAGAAGAAGAUUCUGGGAUUAUGGCCGUAUUGCUCUGGUAUCAGAAAGAGACAGCGAGUCCAGAUUCCAGAGAUUGUCAUCUUCUUCCUCCUCUGGGCAACAGGACUUUGAAAGCGAGCUGGGAUGCUGUCCUUGGCUGACUGCCAUCUUCCGUCUGCACGAUGAGCAGAUCCUGGAGUGGUGCGGGGAGGACGCCAUCCACUACCUGUCCUUCCAGAGACACCUCAUCUUCCUGUUGGUGGCCGUCAGCUGCUUGUCCCUGGCUGUCAUCCUGCCUGUCAACCUCUCAGGAAACUUGCUGAACAAGGACCCUUACAGUUUUGGGAGGACAACCAUAGCAAACCUACAGACCAACAACGACCUCCUUUGGCUGCACACCAUCUUCGCCAUCAUCUACCUCUUCCUCACCGUGGGAUUCAUGCGCCACCACACCCAGUCCAUCAAGUACACAGAGGAGAACCCGGUGAGGCGGACUCUGUUCAUCACAGGACUCCCCAAAGAUGCCAGGAAGGAGACUGUGGAGAGCCACUUCCGGGACGCAUAUCCCACGUGUGAGGUGGUGGAGGCCCAGCUAUGCUACGACGUGGCCAAGCUGAUAGACCUGUGCAAGGAGAGAAAGAAGACUGAGAAGAACUUGACCUAUUACACAAACCUGCAGGCCAGGACAGGCCACCGGAGCCUCAUCAACCCCAAGCCCUGCGGCCACUUCUGCUGCUGUGAAGUGCCGGGCUGUGAGCGGGAAGAUGCCAUCUCCUACUACACGCGAAUGAAGGACCAGCUGGUGGCACGGACGGCCGAGGAGGAGCUCAGGGUCCAAUCCCAGCCCCUGGGGAUGGCCUUUGUCACUUUCCGGGAGAAAUCCAUGGCCACCUUCAUUCUGAAAGACUUCAAUGCUUGCAAGUGCCAGGGCCUCCGGUGCCGUGGGGACACCCAGCCGUCCUCCUACAGCAGCGAGCUCUGCACCUCCAGGUGGACCGUGGCCUUUGCCACCUACCCUGAGGACAUCUGCUGGAAGAACCUCUCGAUCCAGGGUUACCGUUGGUGGCUGCAGUGGUUGGGCAUCAACUUCAUCCUCUUCGUGGGGUUGUUUUUCCUCACCACUCCUUCCAUCAUCCUGUCCACCAUGGACAAGUUCAAUGUCACCAAACCCAUUCAUGCACUGAAUGACCCCAUCAUCAGCCAGUUCUUCCCCACUCUCCUCCUAUGGUCCUUCUCCGCUCUGCUGCCCACCAUCGUCUAUUACUCAACGCUGCUGGAGUCUCACUGGACCAAGUCAGGGGAGAACCGGAUCAUGGUGACCAAAGUCUACAUCUUCUUGAUCUUCAUGGUGUUGAUCCUGCCCUCCCUCGGCCUCACCAGUCUGGAUUUUUUCUUCCGAUGGCUCUUCGACAAAAAGUCUGCAGAUGCUGCUAUCAGGUUGGAGUGCGUCUUCCUGCCCGACCAGGGGGCCUUCUUUGUUAACUACGUCAUUGCCUCAGCCUUCAUUGGCAACGGAAUGGAGCUGCUGCGCCUGCCAGGCCUCAUCCUCUACACCAUCCGCAUGAUCUUGGCCAAGUCUGCUGCAGAGCGCAGGAACGUCAAGCAGAACCAGGCAUUUGAGUAUGAAUUCGGAGCCAUGUAUGCCUGGAUGCUGUGUGUCUUCACCGUCAUCAUGGCCUACAGCAUCACCUGCCCCAUCAUCGCACCCUUUGGUCUCAUCUACAUCUUGCUCAAGCACAUGGUAGACCGGCACAACCUCUACUUUGCCUACCUCCCCACCAAGCUGGAGAAGAGGAUUCACUUUGCAGCUGUGAGCCAGGCCUUGGCCGCUCCCAUUCUGUGUCUCUUCUGGCUCUACUUCUUCUCCUUCCUACGCCUCGGUCUGAAGGCCCCACUCACGCUCUUCACCUUCCUGGUGCUGCUGCUCACCAUCCUGGUCUGCCUGGGCUACACCUGCUUUGGCUGCUUCAAACACCUCAGCCCCCUGAACUACAAGACAGAGGAAACGGCGAGCGACAAAGGAAGUGAGACUGAGGUGCCCGUGCCUGCACCACUGACACCCUACGUGCCUCGGAUCCUGAACAGUUCAGCGUCAGAGAGGACAGCACUGUCCCCGCAGCAGCAGCAGACCUACGGCGCUGUCCGCCACAUCAGCGGGACCCUCCCGGGGCCCAGUGUGGCCCAGAGCCCAGAGCCCAGUGGGGCCGAGGCCUACCCAGAGGUCUGAGGGCAGAGCACUGUGAGGCAGGAGACGCAGAUGGAGAAGAUAUUUGGUACCAACCCAGCCAAGUCCAGGACUGACUUCUCCCCACCUACAGGCAAUGGUGGACAAAAACGGAGGUAGAAUGACUCCAGCUUGGCUCAGGGGCCCACAGUGUGUCCUGGUCCCAGCAGCAGGAUGGCACGUGCAGGAUGGACUCUUCUUACCCAUUCUGGCACUAUGAUCAUCAUAAAGCCUGGCCAUCCUGGCCCCCUUGGUGACAGUGAUGCUCUCAGGUCACAGGAG